AUGCUGGAGACCUACUGGAACCUAACUACUAUAGGAUACUUUUGGGAAGACCUUAACACCAAAGAGCAUUGUAAAUGUUCUAGAAGACAUGCAAGGCAUAAGAGAACACACAGUGGAGAGAAACCCUAUGAAUAUGUUCAAGAUAAUAAAGACUUUCUGUAUGUAACUCAUCAAAGUCAUAAACGAAAACAUACUGGAGAGAAAACAUAUGAAUGUAAUCUGCAUGGUAAGGUCUUUGCUGAUCAGAGCCAUCUUCAAAAGAUUAAAAGAAUAUAUACGGGAGAGACACCCUAUGAAUAUAAUCAGUGUGGUAAAGACAUUACUCAAUGUACUGUUUUUCAAACACAUAAAAGAAUACAAACUGGAGAAAAACCAUAUGAAUAUAAUCAGUGUGGUAAGGCCUUUGCACACUACAGUAAUCUUCAAAGCCAUAAAAGAACACAUACUGGAGAGAAACGCUAUGAAUGUAAUCAGUGUGGUAAGGCCUUUGCAUGGCACAGUGAUCUUCAAAGACAUAAAAGAACACAUACUGGAGAGAAACCUUAUGAUUGUAAUCAGUGUGGUAAGGCCUUUACACGACAUAAUCAUCUUCAAAUGCAUAAAAGAACACAUACUGGAGAGAAACCCUAUGAUUGUAAUCAGUGUGGUAAGGCCUUUGCACGUCUCAGUCAUCUUCAAAGGCAUAAAAGAACACAUACUGGAGAGAACCCCUAUGAAUGUAAUCAGUGUGGUAAGGCCUUUGCACGACACAGUAAUCUUCAAGUGCAUAAAAGAACACAUACUGGAGAGAAACCCUACGAAUGUAAUCAGUGUGGUAAGGCCUUUCCUCAAAACAGUGUUCUUCAAACACAUAAAAGAACACAUACUGGAGAGAAACCCUAUGAAUGUAAUCAGUGUGGUAAGGCCUUUGCAUGGCACAGUGAUCUUCAAAGACAUAAAAGAACACAUACUGGAGAGAAACCUUAUGAUUGUAAUCAGUGUGGUAAGGCCUUUACACGACAUAAUCAUCUUCAAAUGCAUAAAAGAACACAUACUGGAGAGAAACCCUAUGAUUGUAAUCAGUGUGGUAAGUCCUUUGCACGUCUCAGUCAUCUUCAAAGGCAUAAAAGAAUACAUACUGGAGAGAAACCCUAUGAAUGUAAUCAGUGUGGUAAGGCCUUUGCACGACACAGUAGUCUUCAAGUGCAUAAAAGAACACAUACUGGAGAGAAACCCUAUGAAUGUAAUCAGUGUGGUAAGGCCUUUUCUCAAAACAAUGUUCUUCAAACACAUAAAAGAACACAUACUGGAGAGAAACCCUAUGAAUGUAAUCAGUGUGGUAAGGCCUUUUCUCAAAACAGUGUUCUUCAAACACAUAAAAGAACACAUACUGGAGAGAAACCCUAUGAUUGUAAUCAGUGUAGUAAGGCCUUUGCACGUCUCAGUCAUCUUCAAAGGCAUAAAAGAACACAUACUGGAGAGAAACCCUAUGAAUGUAAUCAGUGUGGUAAGGCCUCCUCACGACACAGUAAUCUUCAAGUGCAUAAAAGAACACAUACUGGAGAGAAACCCUAUGAAUGUAAUCAGUGUGGUAAGGCCUUUUCUCAAAACAGUGUUCUUCAAACACAUAAAAGAACACAUACUGGAGAGAAACCCUAUGAAUGUAAUCACUGUGAUAAGGCCUUUGCAUGUCACAGUGAUCUUAAAAGGCAUAAAAGAACACAUACUGGAGAGAAACCUCAUGAAUGUAAUCAGUGUGGUAAGGCCUUUGCACACCACAGUAAUUUUCAAAGCCAUAAAAGAACACAUACUUGA